AUCCCAGGACCGGGAGUCCAACGGGGAUAUUCCCAAGCCCCCUCCCCCGGAUUUCCAACCCCUCGUGACCCCCAGCCCGUCCCCGCCACAGGGACAAGGACUCCACUCGUGGCUCAGCCACCCCAGAUGGUUUUGUUUGCCCAGAGCCGGCUGCAUCCGGCCCGUCCCUCUUCCAACCGCACCUGGUUCCAGGUGGGAAACAAAGGCCGGGAGGCAGCAGUGCUUUGGGAAGCGGCUCCGAACCCCGGGGGAACCCGGGGAGCGGGGAGGGGUGCAGAUCGCCCCGACCCCCGCCGGGGUUUUUGGGGCAGCGCCGCGCGCGGGGCUCGGCGUCGCCCCCGCCGUGUCCUGCGCUCGCCACUCCCCUGCGAGGUGGUUUUUGGGUUCGCGUUCCCUUCCCCGGGGCGCUCAGAGCCGAGCUCGGUGCGUUUGGAGCGAUGUGGGAGCGCCCCGGGCUCCCCCGGCUGCUGGUCCUGCUCCUGGGAGUGGCAGGUGCCGUGGACGCUCCCACGCGGCUCGUGAACGGCGUGGCGGGGGGGUCCGUGCUGCUCUCCCCGGACCUGCCCCUCAACGGGACGGAGGUGAAGGAGGUCGAGUGGGCCUUUACAGGCGUCGGCAGCGUCACACGGCUCGUGGCCGAGUUCGGCCGGGGUGGAUUCGAGCGCCCCGACCCCCAGGAUCGGUUCGGGGAGCGGCUGGAGAUGCCCGACGGGAGCGCGCUGAGGAUCCGCAGGUUGGAGAGGGGCGACAGCGGAGACUACGAGGUUCGGCUUAAACUGCACCCGGCGGUGCUGAAGGCGCAGAAAUUCACCCUCUCCGUCUACGAUCCGCUGCCCGAGCCGAAGAUCCGCAGGGAGCAGCUCUCCCUCUCGCCCCGGCAGUGCAACCUCACCCUGCGGUGCCAGCCGCCCCCGGGCACCAACGCCACGGUGUCCUGGCACCCCGGGACCCCCCCGGGACAGCCCUGCGGGGACAGCCAGACCCUGUGCCUGGCCCUGCCGCUCCCCGCCUUUAACUCCAUCUACACCUGCGUGGCCCGCGGUCCCGCCCAGGAGCGGAACGCCUCGGUCCAUCCGCACACCCUGUGCCCUCAGCAGGGUAAAAAAAAAACCCCCCUGAGACCCCUCCCCAACCCCCCCGGAGGGUCCUGGAGCCCAGCACGGCUCGUCCCCCGCAGGCACGAGGAGCCACGCGGCGUGUCUGGUGCUCGUGGGGGCCGUGGGUGCCGCAGCCCUGCCCGGCAUCGCCUGGAUCUGCUGCAGGAGGAGGAGGAGGAGGAGGAGGAAGAAAAAACCCGAGGGAGGGGUGUCAAGCCCCGGGAGGGAAGAAGGGAUAGAACGAGAGGAGACGGCCCCGGGUUCAGGUUGGACACCUGGUGGUGGUGGUGGUGCCCUCGCCCCCCCAGAGCUCCUGUACGCCCAGAUCCAGAGGGGAAACCCCCGGGAGCCUCGCGAGGGGCAGGAGCAGCCCAGGACCAUUUACUGCGAGCUGAGGGCGAAGGUGUGAGCGCCAGCAGGACCCCCGAGCAGGACGGGACCCCCGCGAUGUCCCCUCGUGUCCCCCCCACGCGGGGCCGGCCUGGGGGGGUCCCAAAUCAUCCCCCCCCCCCGUGUUUUGGAUCAAUGAGCUCAAUAAAGGUGGAAUAAAAAGAGGUGGGGGUGGAUUUAUGGGGGGACCCCGACACGGGGGGGGGCACCGGGACCAAAGGGGCCCCCCAGGAGCUGCUUCGAGGGCAGGGAAAUGGGGGAAUUCUGCCCAGCUGGAUCCCUGCACAGCUGGAUCCCCAUAAACCAGGAUCCCCGCACAGCUGGACCCCUGCAUUUUUAUAUUCUAUAUUUUUU